AUGUCCUCUUCACUGAACCCUCUCCCCAUUGCGGUCUGCGCCCUGGAUGACCAGAUCGGCAGGCCGGUGUCCGAGCUGCUGCGCCCUGACAUCGAAGUGGUCCACUUCAUCCAGAGCCUUGAGGCCGCUCAACAAGAGAUCCCCCACCUUCUCGCCGGCAACGACCCCCAGUCCCCACAGGUCAACAACGUUGGUUCCCACAACUAUCGUCCGGUGCGGUCAGUCAUUUUCGGUCGCGGGUUCGACCUCAAGGACGUCGAGGAGCUCCGCAAAAAUGUCGCCGGCAUUGCCCCGGAGCCCGUGAUCUGGAUAGCGGGUGACCCCAACCGCAAGCUGCCUCCCGGUACUCAGCCGCCUCCCAACUACCCCCAGAUCGUCGCGGCCGUUGCGUCGAACUUGUUGAACACUUGGAUUGAGAAGGGUGCGGCGGAGGAUGAGGUAGUCUUGUAUUAG